CACUUUAAUCAUUUAGGAUGAUCUCUCUAAACAAGCGCAAGCUUAUUGCCAAAUGUCAACUGGCUCCUUUGGGGGUUAUAAAGCAUUGACAUUGAUUCGUAAAACUGUAGGCAAUAGUUUGAAGUUGUGUAUCCAGCAAUAUUUGAAGGCACUUAAUUUCUAUAUCGACCUGUCUGAAGUCUUCCUUAUAACUAUGUGCUUGUUGUUGAUGAUGAAGCAGGUGCUUGAUCAGAUGCCUUUUGUGUUCUCCUAGUUACAUUUUGAUUGCUCUUGGGAUCUCGGACAUAUUACAGUCUUGAAAGAGUUCCCAACCAAAGCUUUGGCCGUGGCUGAAAUCAUGUCUGGAACUUCCUUUUACUCCAGUCCACCACUAUACACUACUAGUACUAACACCAAGUACAGCCAUAGCCCGUCACCAGACAGACUUAAAUUCUUGAUAGAAAAGUCAAAAAACAUCAGACAGCUUCUACAGAUUCAUGCAUUUCUUAUUCGCAAUGGUUUGGAGAGUGACCCAGUUUUGAAUUUUAGGCUCCAACAAUCAUACUCUUCCCUUGGACACCUCCAACAUUCUGUUACUGUUUUUAAGCGCACUCAUAGUCCAACUCUGUUCUCUUACACAGCCAUUAUCCAUAAUCAUGUGAUCAAUGAUCUCUAUGAACAAGCCUAUGUCUUAUAUAUCCAAAUGCUAACACAAAAUAUUGAGCCUAAUGCAUUUACAUUUUCUUCGAUGCUUAAAACUUGCCCACUUGAAUCAGGAAAAGCCCUUCAUUGUCAAGCCCUGAAACUCGGAUAUGAAUCUGACACAUACGUUCGAACUGCUCUUGUAGAUGUCUAUGCAAGAGGCAGUGACAUUGUGUCAGCUCGCAAACUCUUUGACACUAUGCCUGAAAGGUCCUUGGUGUCUUUAACAACAAUGAUUACUGGAUAUGCAAAGAAUGGGCAUGUCCAAGAAGCAAGAGAGUUGUUUGAUGGGAUGGAAGACAGGGAUGUUGUUUGUUGGAAUGCCAUGAUUGAUGGGUAUGGCCAACAUGGUAGACCUAGUGAAACUUUGGUUCUUUUUAGGCAGAUGUUACUGUCAAAAGUGAAACCUAAUGAAGUAACCGUGGUGGCUGCUCUUUCUGCAUGUGCGCAAAUGGGAGUACUGGAAUCAGGUCGUUGGAUUCAUGCUUAUGUGAAAAGUAACAGAAUCCAAGUAAAUAAACAUGUAGGUACUGCUUUUAUUGACAUGUAUAGCAAGUCUGGGAGUUUAGAGGAUGCAAGAAUGGUGUUUGAUCAGAUGAGAGAUAAGGAUGUCAUAACAUGGAAUUCGAUGAUUGUAGGAUAUGCGAUGCAUGGAUUUAGCCUUGAAGCUUUGCAGCUGUUCAAUGAGAUGUGUAAGUUGGGUCUCCAACCUACUGAUAUAACGUUUAUUGCCAUUUUAAGUGCUUGUGCUAAUGCCGGAUUGGUGUCUGAAGGGUGGACUUAUUUUCAGUUAAUGGAGAAGUAUUUAAUUGAGCCAAAGAUUGAGCACUAUGGUUGCAUGGUGAAUCUUCUUGGACGAGCUGGACAGCUAGAAAAAGCUUAUGAAUUUGUCAAAAGUAUGAAGAUUGAUUCCGAUCCUAUUUUAUGGGGAACUCUACUGACUGCUUGUAGGAUUCAUGGGGACGUAAGGCUUGCAGAGAAAAUUAUGGAGUUCCUAGUCGAACAGGAUCUUGCUACUUCAGGUACUUAUGUUCUGCUAUCCAACAUAUAUGCUGCUGCUGGUGAUUGGGAUGGGGUGGCAAAGGUGAGGGCAUUGAUGAAAAGAAGCGGGGUUGACAAGGAACCUGGCUGUAGCUCCAUUGAGGUAAACAAUAAAGUGCACGAGUUCCUUGCGGGUGAUAUGAAGCAUCCCAAAAGCAAAGAAAUUUACAUAAUGCUGGAGGAGAUGAACAAGUGGCUCGAGGCUCAUGGGUACUUGCCGCAGACUGAAAUAGUCUUGCAUAAUCUUGGGGAAGUGGAGAAGCAGCAAGCACUUGCGGUUCAUAGUGAAAGGCUAGCCAUUGCUUAUGGACUAAUUAGUACUCAGGCAGGAACUACAAUCAAGAUUGUCAAGAAUCUACGUGUUUGUCCAGAUUGCCAUGCUGUCACAAAGCUCAUUUCAAAAAUCACAGGACGCAAAAUCAUUGUUAGGGACCGGAAUCGCUUUCAUCAUUUUGUAGACGGUUCAUGUUCUUGUGGUGAUUUCUGGUAGAACUAUUAGCACAUGUUAACAAGCAGGCAUGCAGAGUGUUCUAUAAGCAUCGCAUUGCACCAUGGUACCUGUCGUAGCUUGAUGACAUCCUCAUACGGUGUCAUACUCAACAGGAGCUUAUACAGUUGAAACUGACUACCGUUCCAACUUCCAAAGAAAGAGCCGGAGAAUAGUACAAGUGCUUCAGAUACCACCAAUCUGUGGAAGAUGCAACAACUUGUUGAGCAUUGUCUGCUUCACAUAAAUGCUGCAAAACAGGUGUGUGAUAACGUGCUCACUUUCUUUUUCAAUCAUUGAGGUUCAUGUACAGAAUUUUGCAGAUCACUUCCAUAGUCCCUUUGUCAAGAAUCUGAUGGUAAAUCAGCUGCAUAUUUUCCAGUGCACUAGGUUGCAAAAUAUGGAAGAAACAAGUGUUUCGCGUAAUCAGAAAGUGACAUAAAAAUUAGCUCCAUUUCAUCUGGAAAAAGAUAAUCUUUUU